GAAUUCCGCUUUGAAAAAAAAGGAGAACGAGGAAGUGACAUAACUUAUAAGAAAUAACGUUGAUAUACUUUGCUGCAUUAAUUGCUCGUGAUAUAAUUGCUUAAAUAUGACGGAAGAAAGAUACGUUGUUCGAUUGCGUGGAUUACCGUGGGCAGCCACAGAAGCUGAGGUCAUUAAAUUUUUGAAUGUUGAAGUUGUUGGUGGUGAAGCUGGAAUUCGAAGAACUUACACAGAUGAUCAGCGACCAAGUGGAGAAGCUUUUGUAGAGGUUACAUCGCAAAAGAGCUUGCAAACAUGCUUUGAAAAAGAUCAUCAGCUGAUUGGAAAACGAUACAUAGAAGUGUUUGAAUCAAGUGUAAAGGAGAUGGAAUAUGUUCUUGGAUUAUCAGAAGAGGAAAUUGGUUCUUCUGCCCAAGCUGAUGUCUUCGUCCGCCUACGAGGACUUCCUUUUCAGUGCUCCAAGGAAGAAGUUGCUCAAUUUUUCUCUGGGUUGGAAAUCGUGCCAAAUGGGAUCACGCUACCGUUAGAUGACAAUGGGCGAAGCACGGGGGAGGCUUAUGUUGAGUUUGGGUCGCCAGAAUCGGCUGAGAAAGCUUUGACAAAACAUAAAGAGAAGAUUGGGCACAGGUACAUUGAGAUCUUCAAAAGUUCGAAACGUGAGUUAAUGGAAUCACAGGGUGAAUAUAUGGACGAUGAAAGGGGUUUCGGGUCACGGGGUCGACCGGGACCCUAUGAUCGACCCAACCGUGGUGGGCGGGGUUCAAGGGGUCAACGAUGGUUAAGAGGUGGUUCACGUUAUGCUGGGGGUGGGGGUGGAGGUUAUGGUGGUGGUGAUUAUUGUGAAGAUGAUUGGGAAGGGAAUUGGAGGAACAACAGAGGUCGAGGUAGAGGAGGAAUGAAGCCAUAUGGCAAUCGGUACAACAACUCUGGUGGUUAUGGUGGAAAUUAUGGCGGUGGAAAUUACGGUGGAGGAAAUUUUCAAGAAGAUUAUGGUUAUAAUGGUGAUGAGAAUUAUGGAGAGGAGUUUUAUGAAGAAGAAGCUUCUCCAUCACAAUUUGUGGUCCGGAUGAGAGGUCUUCCUUUUAAGUGCCAGGAACAGGAUGUUUUUAAUUUUUUUUCACCCCUUGUGCCAGUAAGAGUAAAUAUCGAGUACAGCGAUGAUGGUCGAGUUACCGGUGAAGGAACUGUGUUUUUUGCCUCUUAUCAAGAUGCACAAGCUGCCAUGCAGAAGAACAAGGAGUGUAUUCAGCACAGAUACAUUGAGUUGUUCUUGAGGAGCAACAGACGUGAUGGAGGAUUCAGAAGUGGAGGACAGAGAAGAAGAGGAAGAGGUGGUGGUGGUGGUGGUGGUGGUGGUUACAGAUUCUGAUUUGCAAAAUGGACCACACGUACUUACACAAUCUUUACUGGGGACCACAAUAUCAAAACAAUGUUCUUUGGUUUAAAAGUGGUCAAACAAUGUUAAAAUGUCCUUAUAUUCGUGUGUAAGGCGCCGUGUAUGGUUUACAUUUAUUGACUGUACAAUAAGUCUCUGUUUGUAAAAUAAAUGACCUAAAAAAUCAAA